UCUCAGUCUGGCUCCACUAGCCCCGCCCCUUUUUUGGGGGUAUUUUUCAAAUCUGGGCUGAGAAUGGAGUCAGCCUCCAACUGUUCUGUUUGGUUUCCCUUUAAGAUAAGCAGUAAGAAACCAGGAAAACUCUGAAGACACACCUGGAAUUCACAGAUUAGUUCAGGUGAACGGAUCAUCUGUGAGUUCUGCUGUAAUAGAUGAAGAUUCACUCAAGUCAACCUUCUCCGCUGGACUCCAGCCUCCAGUGGUCACUUGAAGAACUGCAGCAUUUGGUGUCCAGUUUGGUAAAAUAGGAGAAUAAACACAAACAUAUUCAUUUUAGACGGGGGCUUCUCUAUUUCUGUGUAGAUUUUUUCUGACCUCUCCUGACCCCCAACCGCUGAGCACAGGAAACCCCAAACCCCCUCCUGUGUCCUGUGAGGAAAUCUUCGUCUUCAUCAGGUCUGCAUCACAGUGGUGGGUGUGUCAGCGUUACUCAACAGAGGAAGCCCCGAGCUUGCAGCUGUGCUGUUGUAAUAAAUUCUUCUGUGAGACAGCCGGCUGUUUGAUGGCGGCCGGGCGGGACUGUGCGAGCCGCGCUCUCAGCGCAGGUGUGGUGGUUGCAGGGGUCCUGCUGCUGCUCCUCACGGCGGCUUUCCCGGUGGUCCAGAUCUCUGUAGGUGCAGCCUUCCUACUCGAGUGUCCGGCCGCCCCUCUCCUCCCCGUCUACGUCCUGGUUUUUGGGGUCUGGGUUCUGCUGCUGAUGCUCCUCUUCUCUGGGCUGAAGCUGCUCUGCUCUGCAGCUCCUGCUGGCGUCACCUGGACCCUGGGGGCCAUCUCCAUCCUGCUCCUCCUCCUCUGGAUCCUCUUCGGCAGCUACCAGGUUUACUCCAUCUAUCCUCCAGACUACCAGAGGAAUGAGACGGACCCGAGCGGCCCUCCCCAGGACGGCGUCCCAGCAGAGAACGGCUCCUCCUUCAGGGAGGGGGGGCGCUUCUGCAACAGGAGCUUGUACCUGCUGGCCUUCUGGACCACCACCAUCGUGCACGUGCUCGCAGGAAGCACGCUGCUGGGCACGCUCUGCCUGUGCGCGUCCAUGAAAGGCGUGGAGGUGUUUGUGCAGCACCUCCAGCCCUGAACGGAGCUGCAGACCAGAUCCACGAGGAUCCGGAUCAGACUGUGGCUUCACUCAAAGUGGGCGGGGUCAACACCUUGCUGCCACAAAAAGAGAAACAGAGUGAGAGUCCUGAGGUCACAUGGUGUGGGAUUAUGGGUUGAUGACUCUUGUUUUUAGGUAUAAAUAUCAAAAAGAAAAUUGACUUUUUGUAACUUUUGAAGGAUUUUUUAAAAUAAGACAUUGUUAUAAUGAUAAAUCUAAAUUAACUUUUUUUGAUCAAAUUAAAACAUAAAUAUUAAAAAGAAAGUAGCCUUUUUGUAACUUUUGAAGGGUUUUUCAAAAUAAAAGACACCUUAUGUCUCAAACUAUCAUCUCAGUGCAGCAAAAUCUCACUGAUUUUCUGUUUGUCAACAGAAGAAAAAUAUUGAAAUGACAUUUUUUUAGUUGGUGAAUUUGAUUUUAUUUGUGCCAAAAAUGUUUGACCAGUGAUCUUCCAUGAGUAUUUUAAUGUUGUGAUUUAAAUUAUGUCUGACCUGUAAAUACAAAUUUUUUUUAUUUUUUUAAGGGUGUCAAAUGUUUAAAAUGCCCCCUUGUGGAUGAAUGAAGAACAGUCAGUCAAUCCGUAUUUCAUCCACUUCUUAAACCUGCUGUCUUGAUGGUUUGGGGUAAACUCCGAGUCAUUUUCACACCAUCUUAAAAUCUCUGAACAUUCCCCCAAAUGAGAAGAUUUUAUUAUUUUAUUCCAGACAGAAAACAUCACAUUUAGUGUAUGUUCAUUUGAUGUUUUGAUUUUUUAAAGCUGAAGUGGUUCCUCUUUUAUUGGGUUCCUUCUAUUUCUUUCCAUCUGCUGUGUUGUUGGAGAACACAGACAGACUGGAGGUCUAACUGGACUGUAAUAUAAUGUUUAUGAAAGCGAGGAAGACUCAUUCCUCCCUCCUCCUUUAUCAAAACUUGAUCCUUCGUUUUUUACCUUUCCAUUUGUAGCUGGAAAAUAUUCUAACUCUGCAAAUUGUUUUUGAGGUUUAGAAAAUGUAGGGAUUGGAAUAAAUAGAAGAAUAUUCAUGUUGAUUGACUCUAUUCCUGAAUAAAGGGAUAGAUUCUUGAAGGCCUUCAAACAGAAGACGAAUGUGUUUGAAGUCUUAAAUCGGUGUAAUAAAUUAAUUGUCUGUGCUGAGGACAAACGCU